GAGGAGGGCAGGGCCAUUUACAACAACAUGAAGCAAUUCAUCCGCUACCUCAUCUCCUCCAACGUCGGGGAGGUCGUUUGCAUCUUCCUGACGGCCAUCCUGGGCUUGCCUGAGGCCCUCAUCCCCGUGCAGCUGCUGUGGGUGAACCUGGUGACGGACGGGCUGCCGGCCACCGCGCUGGGCUUCAACCCCCCUGACCUGGACAUCAUGGACAAGCUGCCCCGUAACCCCAAGGAGCCCCUCAUCAGCGGGUGUCUCUCUUGGCCGCAGUGUACGUGGGCCUGGCCACAGUGGGAGCAGCGAGUUGGUGGUUCUUGUAUGACGCCGAGGGACCGCAGGUCUCCUUCCAUCAGCUGAGGAACUUCAUGAGGUGCACUGAGGACAACCCCAUCUUCGAAGGAAUCGACUGUGAGAUCUUUGAGUCGCGAUACCCAACCACGAUGGCUCUGUCCGUGCUGGUGACAAUCGAAAUGUGCAACGCUCUGAACAGUGUCUCUGAGAACCAGUCACUGCUGCGGAUGCCACCCUGGCUCAACAUCUGGCUUCUGGGGGCCAUCGUCAUGUCCAUGGCCCUGCACUUCCUCAUCCUCUACGUCAAGCCCAUGCCUCUCAUCUUCCAGGUAACCCCCCUGAGCUGGCCACAGUGGGUGGUUGUCAUGAAAAUCUCCCUGCCCGUUAUCCUCCUGGACGAAGGACUCAAGUACCUUUCCCGAAACCACCUGGAGGGCAUUCUCAGGAUGGUAAGACACACGUGGAGCGGGGAGCACCAGUUGAAAACCUGCAGGACUCCAGAGCAAGG